CUUUCACUAUUUAUCACCCUCUAUUGCUUCAAUUUUUUAGUUAUACAGUAGUCAAGUGUACAGAAGCUUCUGUAUAAAAAGCACCCAAGUUCAUUGCAAUUUUGCUCACAGAUUAGUCCAUUCAACUUCAAACCUUUGAUUCUUCACAAUUCUCUCUCUCUCUCUCUCUCUCUCUCCCCACAUGACUCUUCGUUCAAGAAUUCUCGGCGACGUCAAUUCGUCGACGAAAGAAUCGGAGAACUUGCCGGCGACCGACGACGUCGAUUCAGACUUCAUCGUCAUCCUUGCUGCCCUGUUGUGUGCCCUAAUCUGUGUCCUCGGCCUCGUCGCCGUCGCUCGCUGGGCCUGGAUCCGCCGGAUCUCCGCCAGAGCCACCGGCCGUUCAUCUCCUCCGCCACCGGCGAACAGAGGCCUCAAGAAGAAAGUCCUCAAAUCUCUUCCGAAGCUCACUUACACCGUCGACGACGCCGGUAAAUUCUCCGAUUGCGCCAUUUGCUUGUCGGAAUUCCUCGCCGGAGACGAAAUCCGCGUGUUGCCGCAGUGCGGCCACGGUUUCCACGUCGCAUGCAUCGACACGUGGCUUGGAUCUCAUUCAUCGUGCCCGUCGUGUCGUCAGCUUCUGGUGGCGUCCAGGUGCCAGAAGUGCGGUGGAUUGCCGGAGAGCUCCUCCGCCGGAGCUGAGACAGAGGCUAGGUUGGAGCAACGGAGGCAACCAGAUGAUGUGCGGUUCUUGCCUUAGCUAGAGUCAAAUUAUUUUUUCACUUUAAUGUUGGGGGCAUUUAAAUUUCUAGGCCUCAAGCAAUUAUAAUUUGGCCAAACAAA